AUGCUCCUCCUCUAUGCAUUGCUAGUGCUUAGUUUAAUUAUUUAUCAAUUACGCUCAUUUGUUUGGUUAGGGAAUACGAUCCCUUCGAGAAAAAAUAGAAAAGAAAACAAAGAAAUAGAACCUAAAAUAUUAGAUGAACAGUAUACAGAUUACAAAAAUAAUGGAAUCAAAUCCACAAACGAAUCAGGUGUUCAAAGGGUGUCUAUCGUGUGACCGACUUCCAGACUAUACUUCGAUACAAUACCCCGCAGCAUUCAUUUUGAACUUGGACCCCCAACAUUUAGAAGGAUCUCACUGGGUGGCAAUAUAUGCAGAUGGAAAAGAAAGGCCAAUUAAUUAUUUCGAUAGUUUAACACUUUUUAAUACUCAAAAACCCAAAACUGGAUGUAUAAUUAAUAAAUUCCUACACCAAUUCCCACAAAUACUUAGAAAUUGUAAGCCCUACCAAUCCCCUUUAGCCAAAACAUGUGCCCACCACUGUAUAUGUUUUAUAUUUUUUCUCUCUCAAAAU